AUGUAACCAUCUGCUGUCUGUAAGCCUAACUGUCCCCAUGGCAACAGCUUCCAGUCUGCACGUCACCGCUGUGUUUCAUUGUCCACAGAACAUGCUGCUACAGGGACACCUGCCUUGUUUCUUGUAGUAAACACGAACUACAGAUGGACCGCAAUUUGAAGCGCCGGCAGGUGAAGCCACUUGCUGCCUCUCUCUUAGAUGCCUUGGAUUAUGACAGCUCAGAUGACAGUGACUUUGAAGUGGGAGAUGCCUCAGGAUCAGACGGCACAGGCAACGGCAGUGAUGAGGAAGGGUCUAAAGGCAGCGCUGCAGGCUCUGAAAGUGACUCGAACAACGCUGGGUCUGCAGACGAUGGUAUAGAUGAAGAAGAGGCGAAAGACCUGGCCGCUGAGGACAACUUAACGGAAGAUGAAGAGAAGGCCAAACAGCAGCCCUCCUCAGACGGCUCCACCAAAGACACGUCCGCUGUCACCCUACCCAAAAGCCGCCGCAGGAGCAAGAAGACUUCAGAGCCUGAGCCUGCUGUAGCUGCUGGCACUGAAUCUACCUCAACGUCAGGGUCUGGCAGCGUGAACGCAGAAGAGUCUCAGGCCGAGCCCAAGAAAUGGAAUUUCCGCAGGAACCGCCCCCUGCUGGACUUCACCACUAUGGAGGAACUGAAUGAGAUGGACGACUAUGACAGCGAGGAUGAUAAUGACUGGAGACCCACAGCAGGGAAGAAGAAAGGCAAAGCAGCUGCUCAAAAAGGAGGGACUGAGGAAGAGGAGGGUGGCAGUGCUAGCGACGAUGACGACGAUAACGACGAUGAUGAUGAUGAGGACGACGACGAGGACGACGACGAGGAUGAUGAUAAGGAAGAUGGUGAUGACAACAUCAACAACAACAACAACAGUAGCAGUGAUAGUGACAAAGAGAUGAAGAAGCCCAAGAAGAAGGCUAAGAGCACAAGUACUUUUGAUGAAGAGCUGACUAACGACAGCAUGUCCCAGGGAAAGGGCAAUGAGAUUCCCCAGGAUGCCUUGCUGGACCGUUCCCAGACCUGGAGCACUCAGCACAUCCUCAUCUGCUGUGUCUGUUUGGGAGACAACAGCGAGGAUGCAGAUGAGAUCAUCCAAUGUGACAACUGUGGGGUGACCGUGCACGAAGGAUGUUACGGUGUGGACGGCGAGAGUGACUCGAUCAUGAGCUCUGCCUCAGAGAAUUCAACAGAGCCUUGGUUCUGUGACGCCUGUAAGAACGGAGUGACUCCCAGCUGCGAGCUGUGCCCCAACCAGGAUGGCAUCUUCAAAGAGACAGACGCCGGGAGAUGGGUGCAUGUGGUUUGUGCACUUUACGUUCCUGGAGUAGCAUUUGGAGACAUAGAUAAACUACGACCAGUGACGCUCACAGAGAUGAAUUAUUCAAAAUACGGGGCCAAGGAGUGCAGUUUUUGUGAGGACGCCCGCUUUGCCAGGACUGGCGUUUGCAUCAGCUGCGAUGCAGGAAUGUGUCGCUCCUAUUUCCAUGUCACCUGUGCACAGAGGGAGGGACUCCUGUCUGAGGCUGCAGCAGAGGAGGAUAUUGCUGAUCCAUUUUUUGCGUACUGCAAACAGCAUGCUGACCGCUUUGACAGGAAGUGGAAAAGGAAGAAUUAUCUGGCCCUACAGUCUUACUGUAAGGUUUCUCUGCAGGAGAGAGAGAAACAGCUUACUCCUGAAGCUCAGGCCCGAAUCACUACCCGCCUGCAGCAGUACAGAGCAAAAGCAGAGCUGUCCAGGAACACGCGACCUCAGGCGUGGGUGCCCCGGGAGAAGCUGCCGCGACCUCUGACCUCUAGUGCCUCAGCCAUUAGGAAGCUGAUGAGGAAGGCGGAGCUGAUGGGCAUCAGCACUGACAUUUUCCCUGUGGACACGUCUGACGCCAACGCCAGCAUGGACGGACGCAGGAAACACAAGCAGCCUGCUCUCACGGCGGACUUUGUCAACUACUACCUGGAGCGGAACAUGCGAAUGAUCCAGAUCCAGGACAACAUCUCUGAACAGAAGAACUUAAAAGACAAGCUGGAGAGCGAGCAAGAAAAACUGCACGUGGAGUACAACAAGCUCUGUGAGUCUCUGGAGGAGCUUCUGAAUGUGAAUGGAGAGCUACGAAGUGAAGGCCAAGCCAUGUGGACUCUGCUGGGGGGCAUCGUAGGACAGAAACUAAACACCCCAGCUGUUCUGAAAGCCCCGAAAGAGAGGAAGCCCAGCAAGAAGGAGGGAGGAACCCCAGGGAAGUCAUCCAGCCUGCCAGCAAUCCUCUACAGCUGUGGCAUCUGUAAGAAGAACCAGGACCAACAUCUGCUGGUGCUGUGUGACACCUGCAAGCUCUACUACCACCUAGGCUGCCUGGAGCCUCCACUAACACGCAUGCCCAAGAAGACCAAGAACAGCUACUGGCAAUGCUCCGAGUGUGACCAAGCCAGCAGCGAUGAAGCCGAUAUCGCCAUGGAGACGCUACCUGACGGAACCAAGAGGUCCAGGAGACAGAUCAAGGGACCAAUCAAAUUCAUCCCACAGGAGAUGUCGCCAGAGCCCAAGAAACAUCAAGUGAGAGGCACGAGAACCAGAGGGCAGAAGAGGAAGAGAGUUCCCAUCUGUGAAGACAGAGAAGAGAAAGUUGAGUGUUUCCAUAGGAACCACUGCCACGGGAACGCCGACAGCGCCAGUCUGCAAUGCAGAAAAAACCCAAAGCUGACGACACAAGGACUGAGUGUACAACCUGCAAAGGACCAGGCGACAACGAAAACCUUGUGAGGUUGUGAGAGCCGGGGCAGCCACCUCACCUGCCGUAAAAACUCGGGACAGAUGACCUUUGGCUUAGAGACAGAGAGAGGCAAAUUGAGGCAUGUGAAGAACGGUGCUCGAGUCAGGCUGGAGAACGCCGCCCCACAACCACCUCUGAUCCAAACUGGACCAACAACUGUCCAACGAGAAUUGAGCGGAGCUGUCUGAAUCUAAAACAUGGAGUCUAAAUUCUGAAGAACUGCUGAAGCCAAUACUUUUUGGUUAAUGUGGGACUCUUUUACACACUACAAGUAGCUUGGUGGAUUCUUUUUGUAACCAAUUGUGGCUCCAGUUGCAUCUGUGCAAUUGUCUUCGUCUGCAAAGUUUCCAUGCAGACCAUUGAAUUUACAAAAAGUGAUGUAUUUCUACAAUUCAUGUAUUAAACCGUUUUGGGAAAUAACGAACACCUCUCUUGCACUACUUAGUUAGCAUUAAACAAAAUAAGUAAAAAAAGACAGAAGCGCUAACCAUCAAGCCAACUGAUGGAUGCAACUGUCCUGAAUUUAAAUGAUAAGACCGAGUCCUGCUAUCUAAUGUAGUCUCAUUACUUUCUUAAUCUGCUAUACUUUCUUUAGAAACUGGAUGUUAGACAGUGAAUGAUCUAUCAGCGGAAAUCAUUUCAUUUGAAAGGACAGACAGAAAGGGGGAAUUCUUAAAAAAUAAAGUAUACCCAUUUUCAAUGAGGGGCAGCUUUCUAGAUAGCUCAAGUGGCCAUAUCAUGGGAUCUUUAAGAUUGUGUUCAAAUGUGGCUGUUGAGUAUAAUAGGUUCGUCAUGGCAGCUGAGCAUAACUGUGUAGGUAAUGAGUGGUAGACUCUUGGCUUGGUAGACAGCUCAGGUUGCUCGCAGUGUGGAAGCACAGAAAAGACAAAGUGCUAUAAAAUGCAGAAAACGACUGCAGUCGGUGGAUUUUCUUCUGACGCUAUCCUGAAUAAUUCCUCUCUAUGCCUCUAGGUGCUCGCCUGCAUCCAACAUGUAUGUAAAGUCUUCGUCACCUGCCACCCGGUUAGCCCGAGCAUUUCGGUGUGAAUUUGGUUAAUAGCAGAUGCACUUGAACCUAGGCAGACUUGAGUGUUGUGUUUUGUUUUCUAAAUGAAUGGAAGACCAACAGUACUGAGAAAAGUGUUGUGUAUAGAUAAACCAGCUGUUUCUGGUGUGUCAAGUGUAGCAGUAAAGUAAUGCUACCAUAAAGCAUCUGUAGUAGAAACAAACUAGUGUAGUUAGCGGUAAUAGCACUUAAUUAUCUAAAUGUCUUUAGUGUCUUUAGUCAUUUAGAAGUCUUCCUCUGUCUACAUAUCUUGGAGUGACAGUUAAACUGACACUUCCUCAGAAAGAAGCCCAGCUUUGUCUACAUGUCCCUGGAGGCCCGUAGUCAGCCCUGUCAAAACAACAGCUGCUUGCUGCUCUGUCAGGGCUCAUGACAACUGUCACAUUCUGCCCUCAUAUGUCACUCUGGUGCCUAUCCAGGGCCUGUAUGCAUGCUUUUGGGAGCAGUCAAACCCAUGCAGUUUACUGCUUCUUUCCUCUCUGGAGUGUUUCCAGAAACACCACCACACUGGGUUUGUCUUUAGAGGUGAGAUCUCAGUGCAGAAUGACUUGCUGACUCCUGAGCAGUCCUUUCCCAUCACUCAUACUCAGUCUACGUGCAUGGCUAUACCUAUUACUGUACAGUAAUUUAAAGCUGAAAAUAAGUGAUGUGGUCUUGUAGAAUUUGAAUGCCAGGUAUCUCUGUAGUGUGACAACGUGUACAGUAUUUAUGAAGAGGCCAAACAUACAUGUCUUUUCUUUUUGUGCCUACAUACUUGAUUAUAUAUCAUAAGCCUGUAUUGUGAACAGAGUUGAACUCUGAUUUGUGAUGUAGUCUUAAGCGACCACCAUAUUUUCUUUUAAUUGCCAAACAUUUGUUUACAGACAUGCUUUGAAAGGCAUAUUUUGGAUUAAUUGUGUACUGUAUUACUGUGAUACUGUAUGAAGUAAGAAUGUGAAUGUUGCUGCUGUUGUGUAUGUGAAGUGUCUCAGCCUCUGGCCUAUAGCUCUUGAAAAUUACGCGGAGCUUUAAUAAACUCUUGACUUUUUCACCUUA